CUUCACAGGGACGACGCAGAGUUUAUCAGCGACCUGAUCGCCUGCCUGCUUCAGGGCUGCUACCAACGAAGGGAUAUCACUUCUGCAAGCUUCUGUUCAGUGAGUUUCAUUCUCGGGCCAGAACGUAGCCCUUUGCUAUGUAUCCUGGUGAGCUGCCUUUCUGUCUUCAGACCACAGUGACGGGUCUUAAGAGAGCCAGUCGGCUUUGUCACGCUCAUCGUCGGUAUGUCAUUUUCUGUCUUUUUCUGUUUGUAUUUUCCUAUUUGAAGUGUAUGCUGUAGACGAUGUCCUGCAGUUGAGUCUUGCGUUUUCUCACGCAGUCUGACCGUUUCUGCUCUGAGUUGGGUGUUUCGUCCACUUACAUUUAGCGCGGUUACUGACAGGGUUGGUUUUCCACUUGGCCCCCGUUUUUUCUUCUCAGGUGUCCAGUUCAUUGGUUUCUCGUGUAUUCACAGGAUUGUGUAGUGUAGUCUUCGCCACUGUUUGACUCCAGGACAUUUUCAUCACCCCCAAGAGACAGCGCACACGCCCUCCCGUCACUGCUCACCCUCAUCGGCGUCCGCUUCCUGUGUCUGCUCUUGACUGUCCUGGGCGCCUCCAGAGGUGGGUGCGUGUGGAUGGGAGGCCGGCUGCACUCACUCAGCGUGGUGUUUUCAGAGUUCACCCGCGUUGUAGCGUGAGUCAAGGAUGCGCUCCUUUUUAUGGCUGAGAAGUAUUCUGUUGCACAGAUGUGUGCUUUACUUACCUCUUCAUUAGCUGGUGCUGUUGGACCUUUUUGGCUGUUAGGAAUCACGUUGCUGAGUGUGAGUGCUGUGUACUUGUUUUCACAUGGAUGUGUUUUUCACUUCUCUCGGGUACAUACCUCGGUGUAGAUUACUUUGGCCAUACAGUUCUCCUGUUUAACCUUAGAGCAACUUGCCAAACUUUUCCAAAGCAGCUUACGCCAUUUUACAUUCCCGCUGGCAGUAAACAAGGGCUCCAGUUUCUCCACAUCCUCGUUAACAAGUGGUCAGCACGUGUUACUACCUGUGCUUUUAAUUUUAGCCAUCCUGCUGGGUGUGAAGUGGUAUCUGGUUGUGGUUUUGAUUCGCAGUUUCCACAUGACUAAUGAGCAUCUUUUCAUGUGUUUCCUUCUUAGGUUUGUUUGUCUCUUUGUCCUUCAGUGCCUCCUUUUAGGUUAUUUUUACUGUGUUCCACUUAAUUUCUUCUAUAGGUUUGUCGUGUGUGUGUAUGCGCAUUCAUAGUUCUAGGGUGGGCGAUGUGUGCCUCCUUAAAUUAUCAGGAGCUUUCCGAAUUCUUACUGUACCUUUCACACCUGAAACCUGACACUGCGGACUUCCUGAUUCAUACAGUUGGUAUUUAGGGUCCCAUCUGGCUUCCAUUUAAAAAAUCCUUUAUCUUUUCAAAGAUUAUUAUGGCAUUGAUUUCCAGAUUACUUUUUCAUACGUUUCUUUGUUACCCAACAUAAACAGUCGUAUAUACAAGUGAAAGUCUGUAUUAGACACUUUCCCUACUAAAAGGUAUAUUUUGUGUCUUUGUCAUUUUUCUAUCUUUUGAGAUUGUCAUGAGCCUUCACUUAACCCUGGCCAUCGUGUUGACUGUAGGACAUGUGGACGUGGCAGCCAUUGCAUAGCCCUGCAGAAGAGGCAUUAUUUGAGUUACUUUGGCCUGUUUAUGAUCUUUAAGAGCAAGCACUUGACCCAGUGUUCUCAUAGAGCCUUUCACUUGUUGCUUCACCUGGAACCAGAAUCUUUAUUUCAGCUCAGGGCUCUUGUUAAGUGUGUGUUUCAUCCACUUCACACGUCGCAGUGGCUGGUGGGAGUGCAGGCUUCUCCCGCUGGUCUCCUUGGGCCCUUGUGGUGCCAUGUUGUCCCUGCUCCCUGCGCAUGGACGACAGGUGCUCUUUCCUGUCUCAGGGCUCACGCAGGAGCCUUCCUUUCACCUGUGGUCUCCUGAAACAGGUCGCAGACAGUCCGUUUCCCUGCAUGUCAGGAGCGCUUCCAUCUCUGCUGCCUGGGGCUCUGCGCGUCGUGCCCAUCCCUGUGGACAGGGUCUCCCCAGUAGAAGCUCGUUCUGCCCAAAGCAAACCAAGAAGUUCUCUGCUGAGUUUCUCAGAAACACUAACUCUGGGAGUGAUCGGCCACUAUCUCUCGGGCAAACCAUUUUCAGGAAAGGAGGGGUAAUUAGGACCAUUUGGAACUUUUUUCAGACGAGAAUGAAUACAGACCCGGUUGUACUCGGAACCUCCGGUUCGUUUGAUCCUUAUGUUACUAUCCUGUUGUGAGGAUUAUUAGAACUUCGGGAAGAUGAGAGGUUCGCACUGAGCCGAGUGGAUCAGUGAGGCGGGGACUGUCCGAGGCGAUCUGAGACGUUCGGGAGGGUAGAUCAGUUUGCAGCAGCUGGGGCUGGGGCUGGGGCUCUUCGUCCUGCCAGCAGCACAGAACCGUGUGCUCGUUUUUCUCGGAGAGUCUAUGGUCCUAAUUGCGUUCUGAAAGAGUUCACGCCCUGUAGAAGGUCAAGAACCACCGAGGGGAAAGCAUUGGCUCAUUCUGGCGUACUGUGUCUUUUCUGUUUCAGGUAUUCUUGGUCACAUUGCCUUCAGAUUUCUAACCUUUAAAAGAAAGGUUUAUACGAGAUUUAUCUAUAUACAAGGAAAGUAGUGACCUUGAAUUGUAUGCCCUCUGAACUCUCUUGGUAAGGUGCUGUGGAAAUGACGAGAGAAACUUUAGGCAAAAGUGAUGUCACAGGGCUGCUGGAGGGGCAUCCCAGAUGUGUGGUUCUUGAGGUGGGGGGGUGGUCCUGCCCAGGCAGCACCUGUGGGCGGGGCGGGGGCUUCCACUGCCUCCUGGAGGAUCUGCAUGAGGUGACCUAGUUUUACUGCAGGAAGAACACGCCUUGUUGCUUAGGGCUAGGCGUGUAUUAGCAGCCCUGAAAGCAUGUGGCAGACAGAGGGACUUACUACCAAAGAGAGGCUGUCCUGUCUGUGCUCCUCGCUGCUGCUUUAUUGUCAACGCUGCCCGCCCCUCUCUGCCCCCCACCCCCACCCCGUGAACUGCUCUUUGUGCGAAGGCAGAGGAGACCCACCCUGCCCUGGGCUGAGCAGGUGCUCACAAGCAGGGCUGGCUCUGAAGCCCUGGGAUGUGCCCUCAGGUCCCGUGUGAGAGCAGAGGUGUUUGCAGGUAUGAGCGGCGGACCACGAUCACAGUUUCCCACUUGAGUAUCAAGAGUAAGGGAGUCAAGUUUCUUCUCUCUUUGAAAAAGCAAAAUGUUUAAUCUCUUAUUUGCCCAAGGCCCUUUGAUUUUUUUCCAUAAAUAUUUCUCCUGACUUUUUCUGUGAGUAUAAGUACCAUAGACUAUAAAUCAACAUGGUACAUGCCUCUUUUUAAAUUAUAUUGACAUGUAACUCCUUUGGAGUUCUUUGUUUAGUGAGAAAAAUAUUUUUAAAUCAAGACUAGGUGAAAUUAUAUCCAGGUUCUUUUAACAGUUGAGAUAUAGAAUAACCUAACAAUUAAAUAGCACUUUGUUAUAUUAUAUAAAAGGCACAUUUAGGUGCUAAUCAAAGAUUUAAGCUGCCAGACCGUCUUAAAUGUUUCCUACAGAAAAGCCACCUCAAGUCUAGAAUAUAGCAUCUUGUAGCACGCCCGGAAGUUCACGGGGAGCAGCACACCUGAGUGUAGCUGCAGGUCUGAGCGGUCCCUUGUGUUCUCGAGCAGGCCUUCCCACCUUUACAUCUUAACCCGAGAUACCCGUGGGCUUGGCUGGGCGGACCAUGGGCUUCUUUCUGUUCGCCACCUGAGUGGUGGACCUGAUUUUGAGCUGGAUGUCUGUCCCCCCAGCCUCCGUAGUCUCUAACUCACAAGUGAAGCUGAGGUGUGGACUUGGUUCUGUCUUUGCCAUUGCUUAUUGAAACCUUUACAUAUUUCACCAGCAUGUGCAGUUUGUGGUUUAAAGUAAAACCACCUGUUCUGUGAGACCUUCUUUAAUGUUGGUGAUCUUUGGGGUCUCACAGCACAAGGCCCAAGGAGGUGGUUGAGCACAAGGCCCUUCCUGAGCCUUUCCGCUCCUGCCGAAGUUGAGGAUUGGUCAGCCAUCCCGCCAGCACACUCACCCCAGCCCCACACGCCCUCUGUUCCACAUUCACACAUCUCUGUUUGGGGCCGCUGCGUCAGGCCUCAGACGUUCCACAGCUACCUGGAGGACAUCAUCAACUACCGCUGGGAGCUGGAGGAGGGGAAGCCCAACCCCCUGCGGGAGGCCAGUUUCCAGGACCUGCCCCUUCGCACCCGCGUGGAGAUCCUCCACCGCCUCUGCGACUACCGGCUGGACGCGGACGAUGUCUUUGACCUUCUCAAGGGCCUGGAUGCAGACAGUCUCCGCGUGGAGCCGCUGGGUGAAGACAGUUCCGGGGCCCUCUACUGGUACUUCUACGGGACCCGGAUGUACAAGGAGGCCCCUGCACAAGGGAAGCCCAGCGGCAGGCCUCUGGGCAGGGAAAGUGAAGGACAGAAAAAUGUCUCAAGUGUUCCUGGGAAAACAGGAAAAAGAAGAGGCAGACCCCCAAAACGGAAAAAAGUGCAGGAGGAAACCACAGCGAGUGAAAAGCAGGAAGAGAACUCCUUAACAUCUGAGCCACACACAAGAAACGGGUCACAGGGGCCAGGGCAGGGCUCCUGGUGGCUCCUGUGUCAGACGGAAGAGGAGUGGAGACAGGUCACUGAGAGCUUUCGAGAGAGGACCUCCCUUCGGGAGCGGCAGCUUUACAAGCUCCUCAGUGAGGACUUCCUGCCCGAGAUCUGCAACAUGAUUGCCCAGAAGGAGACCCCCGUGCUCACCAAAGCAGAGAAGCAGGAGCGCAGGCAGGAGGAGGAGGAGCGGCAGCUGAUCCUGGCCGUGCAGAAGAGGGAGCAGGAGCGGAUGCUGAGGGAGGAGCGGAAGCGAGAGCUGGAGGAGAGGGUCAAGGCAGUGGAAGACCGAGCCAAGAGGAGGAAGCUGAGGGAGGAGAGGGCCUGGCUGCUGGCCCAGGGGAAGGCGCUGCCACCGGAGCUGUCCCACCUGGACCCCCCGUCCCCGCUGCGGGAGGAGAAGAAGGCUGAAGACCUCUUUGAGCUGGACGACGAGUUCACGGCCAUGUACAAAGUCCUAGACGUGGUGAAGGCACACAAGGAUUCCUGGCCCUUUUUGGAACCUGUGGAUGAGUCGUACGCCCCGAACUAUUACCAGAUUAUUAAGGUCCCCAUGGAUAUUUCAAGCAUGGAGAAGAAACUGAACGGAGGUUUAUACUGUACCAAGGAGGAAUUUGUAAAUGACAUGAAAACUAUGUUCAGGAACUGCCGAAAAUAUAACGGGGACAGUAGUGAGUACACCAAGAUGUCGGAUAACCUGGAGCGGUGCUUCCACCGGGCGAUGGCGAAGCAUUUUCCUGGCGACGACGGGGACACGGACGAGGAGUUCUGGAUCCGUGAGGAUGAGAAGCGAGAGAAGAGGCGGGGCCGGGCGGGGCGGGGCGGCGGCCACGCCUGCACCCGCUCCCGGGACCCAGAGGGGCCCAGCAGGAGACAGCAGCCCAUGGAGAAUGGGGGCAAGUCGCUGCCCCCCGGCCGCCGAGCCCCUUCUGCACAGCCCCCUCGGGAGGGGGGCGUGUCUCGGCCCCUGCACUGCAGUGGGGGGCCUGGCCAGGCCCCCGCUCUGAGCCAGACGAGGCCUGCAGUGCAGGGGGCUUUUUGCCCUCUGCGAGGGUCGGAGCUUCCCGCCGUGCGUGUCUCCUCUGGAGCCCCAGAGCUGCGCCCCGGAGGGCCUGGGCAGCAGCAUCCGCCUUUAGCAGUGCAGCCUCCAGCUGGAAUUAACCACCAACGAGGACCCGGGCGAGGCAUCCCAGACGAGAAGCCCAUGUGCGGGGCGCUGGGGCACCUCGCCGACGUGGGACCACCUCCUGGACCCCUGCAGCUCAGGCAGAUGAGCGGCCCCAGUCAGGAUGGAAACGUGUAUCCCGCCGCUCAUUUCCAGCCAGGAUUUAUUCCUCCCAGGCACGGUGGGGCCCCGGCCCGGCCCCCAGACUUCCCUGAGAGCUCGGAAAUGCCUCCUAGCCACAUGUACCAGUCGUACAAGUACCUCAAUCGAGUGCACUCUGCUGUCUGGAACGGGAACCACGGUGCUACAAACCCAGGACCCCUGGGGCCAGAUGAGAAGCCCCCCAUGGGGCCAGGACCCUCUCACCCGCCUCGCACUCUUGGGCACAUGAUGGACCCCCCCGUGAUGAGACCACCCCUCCCCCCAAACCAGUGGCCUGACCACUCAGGCUUCCUACCUCAUGGAGUCCCUUCUCCGGGGUUCCUGCGACCACCCUGUAAAGCUGGUGGACAUCGGUUGCAGCCACCUCCAUCCCCAGCACCAGGGUCUCUGUUUGGAGCCCCCGCCCAGGCCAUGCGGGGGGUGCAGGGCGGGGACUCCAUGAUGGACAGCCCGGAGAUGCUCGCCAUGCAGCAGCUGUCCUCCCGUGUGUGCCCGCCAGGCGUGCCUUACCGCUCCCGCCAGCCUGGCCCCCCGCCUCUGCCUGGCCCUUUCACACAGCUUGCUCACUCGGCCCCCAGGCCUGCCCUGGGGGGCCCUGGGAGGAUGCAGGACAGCAGCGGAACACAGGAGCCUGAGGACGGCCGAGCAGACCCCUUGCCUGGGCUGGAGGAGAAACCAGCGAGCGUCGGUGCUUUGGAGGGGGUGUUCCUCAAACAGCUACCUCACCCCACACCCCCCCUGCAGACCGACUGUGCCCGGCGGAGCUCACCCCGGGGAAGGGACUCGGAGGCCCCCGAGCUCAGAGGCGAGCUGGGGGAGCCUGGAGGCAGCUGUAAAGGGAGCACGGGCAGGAACACCUGGCCAUCGGGGGGCAGCUUCGCCAGCCCCGCUGCCCCAGGCUGCACCCUGGCCGACCGGGGGUCACUGCCCGAAAACGGAGUGAGGGUGGAAGCCUCGCCAUGCGGGUCAGAGGGCAAGGGCCUUCGUGGAGGUGCUUCAGAAGAGCCUCUCUGCCCCAGGGGCCGGGCACUGAAGGAGGCUGUGCCGCCCGGUGCAGACCCCGCCUGCUCCCCGCUGUACGUGCCCGGCCUGGAGUACCCCAGCUCAGCCGCGCGAUACCACAUCAGCCCCGGCCUGCAGGCUUUGGGCCCUGUGAUGGGGGGCAAGCCCCCCGCCCCGCCCCCUCAGCCUUUCCCCCCUCGCGCGUUCCAGUCUCACGACCCUCAUUCUGGAGUCUUUCCCCGGUACCGCCCCCACCAGGCGCUGAGGUUCCCCUACCAGCCUGCGCCACAGCCCUCCUACCGCCACUACCCGCGUACCUACUACUCCUGCCCACAGGGCCUCCACGACUGGCAGAGACCCCUCCCCGCCCCAGGAAGCCCGAGCGGGGCCCUCUUCUCGGAUAAGAGCGCCGCGGCCGGUCUGCAGGGCUGUGAGGCGCUGAGCGCUGCCUUAACCCCCCCGACCCGCGUGCACGCGGUGGCUGCCAAGACGGCCCCGGCUGAGGGGCAGAACCCUGGCCCCGAGGAGGAGAAGCCGGAUGAGUCUGUGGAGAGGCCCGAGAGUCCCAAAGAGUUCUUAGACCUGGACAACCACAACGCGGCUGCCAAGCGACAGGGUUCACUGUCAGCCGGCGAGUAUCUUUACGGAACGCCCGCUCCAGCACUGAGCUCGGGCGUGGGGUUCGGCUCGUCCGCUUUCCCACCGCAGGGCGUGAUGCUCCAGACGGCACCUCCUUACCUUCCCCCGCGGCCGGCCGGCCAUUUCCAGCCCGGCGCCUACUCCUCCCCCGUGGCGCCCCCCCCGCCUCACCACCCGGCGGCUGCCCAGCCCAACGGCCUCCCCCCGGAGUGCCCUGGCUACCGCUGCCCGGAAGAGGGCCUCGGUCGCUUUCAGGCUGCGAUGAUGGAGCAGAUCGGCUCGGGAAGUGGAAUGAGGGCGUCUUUCCAGGAAAUGUACAGACCGUCUGGGAUGCAGGUGCACCCGGCGCAGCCACGGCCCUCCUUCCCAAAGACGCCGGCAGCCGCGGUGUCGCAGGAGGAGCUGCCCCCACACAAGCCACCCGCACUCCCUCUUGAUCAGAGCUAGUCCAAGGAGGAAGUAACCCCCAAGAAAGGAAACUGCACACGACCAGCAUGGAGAUCCGGGUCACGGCCCCCCACCUCCGCUCCUGUCCCGGAGCCUGGACACGCCCUCCUCGCUGAUGCACCAGCUCUUGAGGACCUGGGCCCAUCGUGGAGAACAGAUGAGCUGGACCCAGGGUGGCGUUUCCAGGCCCUGAGACUCUGGUUCAGGGAAAACCAUUAAACUUGGGGGCGGUGCUUGGGGGCUGCCGUGGGCAGCCACUCUCAGGUAUACACUGGGGAAGGGACGCUCGUAGUGGUGACAUGUGUGGAUCUGGGUCCAGUUUACAGAGUUUUCAUGUUGCCUUUAAGAUGAUUUCUGUUGGUGGUGAAUGUAUUGUACAUAAAGCAGGUGGGGCGGGGUGGGGGGGACAUGCAGUCUGACCCGCGAGCACACAGCCCUGCAGGACCCUCCUGUUUACAGUCCUGUCACUGGGGAGCUGGAUGGGAGGCAGGGAAGGCCGCUGUGUCAGCUGAGUGGGUGGCUGCAGGGCCCACACCUCCCAGGAGCUCAGGCCAGAGACGGCGGCCCUCUCGCCUGCCCAGGGCCUGGUCUGAGAGCAGAGCUCCUCCUGGCUGGCCGGCUGCCCUGCAGGUAGUUGCAAACCAGCAUCAGGGACUGGGAUCACUGGAGUGCUUGCUUGUUGGAAGGUGCAAUGAUGCGUCCCCGUCACAGCCCUGCCCGGCCUGUGGUCUGGAAGGCGUCACCGCUUUCUGGCACGAAUCACAUUUUGUGGAAGUGACUACUCAGGUUUGUAUAUGUUUAGUAUCAAUAAAGAAACUGCACAGUUUUUAAUAGGAAAAAUUAUUCUGUAGAUUUAGGAAUAUUUCGGUAUAUAUAGUUCUUACUCAUUUUAUGUGAAUCAUAGUAAAAUAAGUCAUGGUGAUUUAAAUAGCUGUCAGGAACAGG